AUGACCUCCUGGGCUGUCCUGCUCAUCGCCUCGGUGCUCCUGGUCGCCCCAGGGCUGGCCUUUUCCGGUCUGACUCCUGAACGCCACGACCAGGCAACGGCCCAUCUGUGCAAUGGAGAUGAGUUGUGCCAGGGCCUGGCCCAGGAGUAUCCCCAGGGUGGGCUGCUGCUCCAAGGAGAAGAGCUAGGCCUACUCUGUGGUCCUUGUCGGAAGAUAAUAAAAAGUCUGGAGGACAUGGUGGGAGAUCAGCCCAGUGAGGAUACCAUCCGCGAGGCGGCCGCCAAGGUGUGCAGCAAGAUGAAGCUGCUGAAACGUCCGUGUCAGUCAAUCAUGAAGAAAUUUCUCCGUCGCAUCACUGAGGACAUAAAAGCUGGAAAACAGCCUCAGGCUAUCUGUGUGGACAUCAAGGUCUGCAAAAGCAAGGCAGUAGGUUUCAUUUGAUUCCCUGGGUCCUCUGACCCCACCCUGGGGAAAAAGCACAGAAACUCCAGCAUCCUCAGCCAGCUCCUUCCUUCCUGAAUCCAGGAGUCUUCCUCCAGUUUCUCUCACCAAAUCCUUCCACUGCCU